AUGACAUCUGAGCUCUCGGCACAUGAGAUCGGGGACGGGCUUCCCGUUCUGAUCAUCCAUGGAUGGCAGGGGGAUGGGAGGGUGGAGGAGCUGGAUUUCGAGCCGAUCUUUAGCCAGAUACUGGGGCUUCGCCGGAUUUAUAUCGACCUCCCAGGGAUGGGCAAGACGCCCGCAAAUAAUGUGAAGGAUCUGGACGACAUGUACCACCGCUUAGAACAGUUCAUCGAUUCUCGACUGCGGGGCUCCAGGUUUGUCCUGAUCGGGACUUCAUGCGGAGGGUACCUUGCUCGUGCGAUAGCGCAGAAGUAUUCCGACCAAAUCGACGGCUUAUUACUUCGUGUGCCACUUAUCGAGCCAGAUGAUAACAAGCGUGACCUUGAUGCGUUCCAGGCCUUGGUCAGAGAUCAGCAGAUUAUGUCCAGUAUAUCAGCGGAGGAUAAAGAAACUCUUGGGGACAUUCUCGUUCAAACUCCUGCCUAUGUUGCCGCGUUGAAGGCGAAGUUCGAGAAGGCUUACCUACCAGCGCAAGCAGCAUCGGAUACAAAGGUGUUAGGUCCUAUUCGAAACGACCUCCAGCGAUAUUCUCUAUCUUGGUCGUUGGACGAUAAAGAUGUCAAGUUCCUUGCACCGACACUCAUUGUAUGUGGUCGCCACGAUCCCGUCGUGGGCUAUCGAGACAGCCUUCGCUUGCUGGAGCUCUACCCGCGCUCGACUUUCGUGGUCCUAGAUCGCGGCACCCAUGGUAUCCCCGUCGACGAGAAUGGUGUCUUCGAAGCUCUUGUUCGUGACUGGACUACGCGCAUCAAUGAAUGGAGAGCUCGCUCGGUUGACUGA